AUGGAAUCUAUAUAUAUAUGGGAAUCAGAAGAAAUUCCAGAUUCAACUUCGGAACUCACAGAAGACGAAUUGCGUUGUGAGCCACAUUUUUUGCAACACACUUUUCGAGGAAGUGAUGGCAGAUUUGUUGUGAAACUCCCACUAAAGAAUCAUCCAUCAGUGUUACCAGAUACAAAAGGAAUCGCUUACGAGAGGUUCAAGACAAUCGAGCGCCGUUUCAUUCAAAAUCCUGAUCUAAGGAAUCAAUGUGUUUCAUUUAUGAGGGAAUAUAAAGCAUUGGGACACAUGACAAAAUUCAGCGGUAGCGAAAUAAUAUCUCCCCAAUAUUUCAUCCCUCACCACUGUGUGCUACGUCCAGACAGCUCAACAUCAAAACUGCGAGUUGUAUUUGACGCAUCAGUACACAAAUUAUCAGGGCCAUCACUAAAUGACAUAAUGUUUAAUGGUCCAAAAGUUCAAGACGAACUGUUUUCGAUUUUGCUCAGAUUUAGAAUGCACAAAUAUGUUUUAAAAACUGAUGUGGAAAAAAUGUACCGUCAAAUAUGGGUUAACAUAGAUGAUCGAAAUCUGCAACUGAUAAUGUGGCGAGAAAAUCCCACAGAACCACUUAAUUAUUAUCAGUUGAACACAGUUACUUAUGGCACAAGAGCAGCGCCAUAUUUAGCAACACGCUGUCUAACAAAAUUGGCGGAUGAAUAUCAAGGAAAUUAUUUAUAUGGCGCCACAUCUUUAAACAGGGAUUUUUAUGUUGACGACGGUCUCAUAGGAGCUGAUACCAUCAACGAAGCGUUACUAAUUCAACAACAAUUAAUAACAAUUCUAGACAAGGCUGGAAUGAAACUAAAAAAAUGGUGUGCAAACAACCCAAAACUUUUACAUGGAAUCGCUCCAGAAGAUCAAGAAGUAAAUCUCAAUUUUGAUUCCAAGGAAACCCAAUUCACAAACACGCUGGGUCUUUUAUGGUUACCAAAGUCAGAUUCAUUUCGUAUCAAGGUUAACAUUCGAGACCAUAGUCACACAACAAAACGAUCUAUGAGCUCCGAUUUGGCACACAUAUAUGACCCCUUGGGUCUUAUUGGUCCAAUCUUGGCAAGAGUUAAACUUGAUCAAGGCUAUCAAGACAAAGCAACUUACUUAUGGACACAUUCACAAAUUGUGCUUUCCUGGAUAAACAAUCAUCCAGGCAAAUUACCCGUUUACGUCGCCCACCGAAUUGUAAAAAUCCUUCGGUUAACAAUUCCAGAACAAUGGAGUCACGUCCUGUCAAAACAAAAUCCGGCAGAUAUCCUGUCAAGAGGGCUUAAACCGCGGGAAUUUUCAUCUUGCUACAUGUGGUUAUAUGGUCCACUAUUUUUAUAUCAGCCAAAGCCGCUGUGGCCAGCUCCCUUCAAAAGGGAAUUAAUUGUUGAAGAUAACACGGUGGUGCUUGCUUUAUCAACACAACAACCUACUAAUGAGCAUCCAUGGGUCUACUCGAUUCAUUCAAGAAAUUUAUUUACACAUGUCCAAAAAGUUGUUGGAUAUGUACUUCGUUUCACAAAAAACGCACGGAAACCAAAAGAAUCAAGACCAGAGACCAUGCAGCUUUCACCGAUGUAG